GCAACAACUCUCUUGAAGGCAAUGCCCAAGACACCGACGACAUUAUCCUCGGAAUGCCUCUCUGGGCCUUCUACUACACUGUCUUCAACAUCACGGGCCACUCCGUGUCCCUGAUCCCACAUCCGAUCGAAGCUGUUGCUGCCAUUCCUUUGCCGGAAAACUUCGUGGCAGAGAACGACCCGAGCUCAGGCCCUCAGCUCCCCUGGGCAAAAUCAGCGCUGCUCCUUGGG